CGCAAGGGGGCGCUGCGGCGCUGAAACUCAAGCCCUGAGAUGCCAGACUGUAGGGUUCCGCCCUCCAAGUGCUGAGCUUCCACGCUUCCGCUUAUUUCGCCUGGGGCAGGUUCCGCGUUGGGACGUCAGCUGUAUUUCGCCUCCAGGCUUGGUGCCCCAAGGUCUUAGGAUGCAUUAUGCCAGGACCCCCCUUCCAGCGGAGUGCGCGAAGCUGGAGGCCAAAGGCCAGCGAAGUCUCAGGAGCGCACAAGUCGGGCUGGCGCCGUCGCUGCUGCUGCUGCUGCUGCUGCUGCUGUCUGAGCUGGUGCCAGAGUGCGCAGCAGAGAGUCCAUGGGGGCUGCCAGUGAUAGCGGAUGGCCCAGCUUCCUUAGCAAAGGUGGUGAUGGCAGAACUGUCCAGCUUGAAGUUUGAAGAAAAAACAUGGCCUGGAGGGACCCAUUCACUUCACUACCACUACCUAACCCUGUCAGAGCCAGGCCCAGGCCUCCCCAAGUUUCUGGCUGUGGGCUAUGUGGACGACCAGCCCUUCAUCCGGUAUGACAGUUGCAGAGGGAAGGCUGAGCCUCAGGCCCCGUGGAUGGCACUAGUGGAUUCCCAGUACUGGGAGACAGAAACCCAGAAACAGAGGGCCUGGGAGAAGGUGCAGCAGGUGGAGAUGUGGACAGUGAUGGGCUACCACAAUCAGAGUGGCGGUAUACACAGUGCUCAGCGCAUGUUUGGCUGUGAGAUCCAGGAAGAUGGCAGGUCCAGCAGCUUCUGGCAAUUUGGCUUCGAUGGACAGGACCACCUGUCUCUGGACCUAGAGACACUGAGCUGGGUGUCAGCAGAGCCAGUGGCUGUGCGGACCAAGCGCUGGUGGGAGAUGGAGCGUUGCUAUGCAGAGUAUGACAAGGCCUACCUGGAAAGCCUCUGCCUCAUCUCCCUGCACAGGUAUCUGGAGCUGGGAAGCCAGAGCCUCACGCGGAUAGAGCCUCCCAUGGUGCAGGUGACAAAGCACACCACCCAGGAUGGAACCAUGCUGAGAUGCUGGGCCUUGGGCUUCUACCCACCAGACAUCUCACUGAGCUGGUGGCUGGGUAGGAAGGAGCUGGUACUGGAGACUGAGCAUGUGGAGACACGCCCCAGUGGGGAUGGCACUUAUCAGACAUGGACAUCAGUUCGGGUGCCAGCUGGGAAGGAGGCCUGGUAUACCUGCCACGUGCAGCACCCUGGCCUGAAGCAGAGACUCACUGUGGCAUGGGACUCAUCCUCUAUUGGCAAUGGCAAUGGCAAUGGCAUACUACUUGGUGGGAUCAUGGUCCUGGUCUUUGUUGGGCUGGUAGCUGUAAUUGUGAUACUGAAAAAGAAGUAUCUUCAAGGUGGAGAAGAUAAUCUUAACUCCCAAAGCCCAGAAAGGACAGAAGCUGCUCAGACUCUCUGCUGAUUAAAAUUCCCCAUUACAAAAUCAAGGAAGUAUUUUGUAGGGGCAUUUUGGGUCUCCUAGAGAAACCCUAAACUAACUGGCUGAUAGCUGUGAUCUGACCACAAAGAGUCCAUCCUAUCUUCUUAUUUCUACCAGCCUCCUUAUGCAUGAUAUCUGCAACUGAUAUGGUUUUUCCAUUCCUGAAGUCCUUCUAAAAAAAUCUAAUCAUUUCAGGGCUCAAGAUGUAGUUUAAUUGUAGAACAUUUGCCUAGCAUAUAUAAGACUAUGGGCUCCAUCCCUCAGCACUGCAAAAAAAUAAUAGCAAACAAAAAAUCUAAACAUUUCCUGUUGGGGGCGGAUAGAAGGGCAGUAAUAACAGUUCCUCAGAUCUGUUUCCCACUGACAAUUUGCAGAAUGAUUUCAUGUUUUAUAUAUAUAUAUUACACUUGAGCCUCAUGGGCAUCCUGUGGAUUUGGCUAUAUUAUUCUUAUCCCCACUUCCCUAACUUGGAAACUGAGGCUCCAAUCAGUUAAGGGAAAACUGGAACAACAGUUAGGAGGAAUUAUAGGGACAAUGUCUUGGCAUCCAUCUGUUAGUACUGAGAAGAAAUUUAUGAAUAUGUGCCUAUUUUUAGAAAUAUGUUCUUGUAUGUAUACAUGACCCCCUUUUGUAAAGAAAAUAGAAUGGUCAAGGUGAGAGUGUCUUGUUUAUGUGGAAAACUCAAAAGGACAGAUGCCCAGGAGCCUAUUAUUUACCUGCAGGCAGCUGGAGGAUGGGAAACAACACACAGUCCUAUUUUAUUUCCUGUCCUUUUGAAUGGUUUGAGUUUUGACAGUGAACGCAAGUUACUUUCUACAAUAAGGGAAAUAUCUGUUUUUGCUGUGUCAAAUGGAAAUGUUUAAGUGUGAAACUCAGGAAAGCCUCUCAGCCUCACCUACCAAUAGGGCAAAACCCUCAUGUCUCCUUUGAUUAUGCAACAAUAGCUGGCUGUGAGAGCACACACCUGUCAUUCCAGCUACUGGUAAUGCCAACUACUCAGGAGGCUGAGAUAGGAAGAUCAUAAUUUCAAGUUCAGACUAUACACCUUAGUGAGAUCUUGUCUCAAAAUAAUUUUUAAGAAGGGCUGAGGAUAUAGCUCAGUGGUAGAGCACUUGCGUAGUGUGCACAAGGCCCUGGGUUCAAUCUCAAGUUCCAAGAAAACAAAAAUAGUUAUCGUCUCAUAGGCUAUGUGAUAUGCAAGGGUCUGGUGAGUUGGAAUGGAGAGGAAGCCAGGGACCCGGGCAAGUAAGUGUUCCACUGUUGUGGGGUUGUUGGAUUUCAGUGAAUAAUGGACUCAUGGAGGAGCCUCCUCUACCUCUUCAUCAUGUUCGUCCUCUAGCUAGGAGCCUACCGGAUCCACAGGACCCAUGACAGAGCCUUCUUACAGGAACUUCUGAAACUUCUGUGUUCUACUUCUCUGGGAAACCAAAGCCCGAGAAUGUGAAAGACUUUGAUACUACAAAAAAUUUUCCAGCCUGUGCUGUGGCCUGCAGGGCCUCAACAGUGAGCUAGUAAUUUAGAUCUUAUUGAAGGAUGGCACUUAAAUAUCUGUCUCAGUGACACCAAGGUUUUCUAUGUGUAUUAUCCAGCAAGGUUCUAAGCACUUUACUUUCAUUAAGCUGUUUAAUCCUCCUAACAUGCGUAUGUGGAAGAAUAAUCCUGUGCUGUGGGUGAAAAACCUGAAGUCCAGAGAGGGUGAGCCAUAGGCAGAGCUGUAAUGAAACCAGGCAGUCUGACUGCCAUCUGUGUGAUUCAUCACUGCACCAAGUCUCAACGACAACUAUGCUGUUCUGUAAAUGUGCAGUUAAGUACAGAUCUCCAAUCCUUUACCUGCAAUUCUAAAAUGCAAAAACAUCCAAAAGCCAAGGGUUUUUUCCUAAUUUGGGCAUCAAACCUGACCCGAACUGAAGUGAGAUCAUUUAUACCCUUAAUUUCUUCUAGUGUGCCUUUUUGCAAUUCUCUACAGAAAUGCUAGUACAUUCAACAUCUGCCAGAUAGAAUCCUUUCUAAUAUGCAAGGAAUUGUAAAUACAUCUGACCCAAAGGUUUCAGUUAAGGGAUUAUGGACCUGUAUUAAUAAAGUUUUACAGUAAUAAACAUGUUUUAUUUUCACUGAUAAAAA